AUGGCCUGGAAAAACGUGCUAGGAACAUUUCUCAAGUCGACACCCAUGAUCUCAAUGUAUGGCGGCAUCUUAACUACCACUGUUUACGUGGCUUACAAGGAUUACAGCCGGAUUCAAUGCAUGCUAAACGUCUACAGAACUGGAAACAUUCUUCCCCCAUUUACGGAAAACGAUUUUGAAACAGAAUUCCAAAGUAGGCCUGCUGUUGAAAGUCAGUUGGUCGCCGUUUUGAAUAAUAAAUUUUCGAAUGAGUAUUAUAUUAUCAAUGGAGAGGUGGGUGUUGGAAAGACAAGAUCCAUUUUAGAGGUAGUCAGACAUCUGAUGAAUAGUAGUGGAAAACAAAAUUUAGGUGCCCCAAUUUUUGUGACUGUUGAUCAGGGAAAAUCAUUUCCUGAUACUCUGGCCGCUGCCAUCCAUUUCAACUUUGAUGAACACAUCAAUUUCAGGACAUUUUUAGAUAUUGUCUUGAGAAUAGAAUCUAUUCCUAAGAAAGAUGAGGCUAGUAAAUUAAUUAGAGUACUAGAAGCUCUUGAAGAAUCUGCAUUUGUGUACACGAUGAAAUACAAGAAACCAGUUGUGCUAAUCAUUGAUGGCAUCGCAUCUCUAAACAGAACUCUGCCAGGUGCAUUAGAGAAAAUUCAAGAUAAGGCCAAAAUGUGGGCCGAUUGCAACAUAAUAAAAUUAAUAUUUGUAAAUAAUGAUGAAGAAGUCGAAGAGAAACUGCAAAGAAAUUCGAGUGCCUGGUCUCGGGCUGCCACCCCAUUUGUAUUAGAAGAUCUGACAGAAUCACAAACUCAUUCUUUCCUAACCACAAACUACAUUCUAAGGAAAGAUAAAAAUAGCUACGCAGAGUCAAAAGAUAAAUCUAUAAAACUAAUCACUCCUGAAGAUUCUGAAAAAAUUUACGAAUUAGUUGGGGGAAGGAUCCUAUAUCUAGUAAGCAUAAAGAGAGAUUACAUGAAAGGUUUCUCUCUCGAUAGAAUAUUUUUAGAUAUGAAAGAUAGAGAGAAAGAGAAGUUUAUAAAUGUAUCAAGGAGGCCAUCAACAUGGAAGGUCAUCUCAUUGCUGAGGUCAUUUCCUCACAAGUCCAUGAAAUUGUCAAAGUUAAUUAAAGCAACUGACAAAGACGACGUUGAUUAUCUUUGCAAGUUGAAUGUCAUUAGAUUAGUGAGAGAUGACAUUGGCAUAAUGGUCAAGUUCAAUUCAAAGCUAACGGAGAACGUAGUUGAAGAGCUGGAAAUGUUAUAUCAAAGAGAACUUCAAGAACAUAAGGAGCAAUGUACAUCCCCUAAAAAAUCCCCAGUUUCCUAA